UAGUGAUGGUAACACCGGCUGAAGAGACGAGAAGUUGUAAUCCCAACGCCAACACACAGAACGCAAAUCUUACCCCGAGUUUUAUACUUAACGAUAACAUCAGUUCAACCAAUAAUAACAAUAAUAACAAUAAUUCCAACUCUAAUGACAAUAAUAACGGAAUUGUAUGUCCGAAACCCAACGCCAAUCCAAUGCUCUUCGGACGCAUGCAUUCAGAACCCGAAAGGUCUUUGCCUUUAGUGGAGUUCCAACCCUUGGAACUGCCAAACGAUCAGUCAUUUAAUCCCAAUCAUAGGUCGUGUCCUGAGAUCAGGCCUGAGAUGAAGAAUCGACAGAAGGAGUUGGAAGACGACCAGAACUGUUUGAACCGAAAUGCGAAUGCAUUGAUGUGUUCGGCAAACAAAGAGGUUGGGAGUCGUUGCGGUCUAAACGCGACGAGCGGUGCAGUGGUUGCAAACGCCGGAGUCUUUAACUUUCGAGGCGCGAGAGUGAAGCAUCAUCUCUGGCCAAGUCAUGCGCGAAACGUAAUGAGUUCACGACUGGAGCACAGUUUCCUCACGAGAACCGUUUCGCGCGAAUCGAUGAGACAAUCGACGCAUACUCUCAACACCCAAUCCGAGACUCAGCCCUUAAUGGCCACUAUAUGUCAUUCCAGUGCUAAUUAUAUUCCCUGUGGAAGCUGUGCAGUUGGGUCUUCAUAUGUGGGGCCGACUUGUUCUCCUCGUGCGUGUCCUGGACUGCGACCUAUGCUGGACAACGAGAUCGCAGAGAUCGCCGCCGACUCCAUGAGAAUCAAUGGAGCGUUGCGUACAUUCAAACAACUUCGCAAACCCAUCAACUCUUCCACCCUUUCCAUCACUAAUGCCCUAAAGAACUGUUCCAUUGGCUCUGAGAACGAACAAAACCCAAUCCUCAUGAAUGUGUCCACUGAACAGCCAUACAAUCAAAGGUCUUUCGCCUCCAAUUCCAUCGACAGCGAGAAGAAGAAGAGCUCGUCUGGAAAGUCGGGGUUUCAUAAACCAAAUGUCGGCUACAGAUUGGGCCGAAGGAAAGCUCUCUUCGAAAAGCGAAAGAGAGUCAGCGAUUAUACUCUUAUAAUGGCUUUACUCGGCAUUAUUCUCAUGAUUGUCGAAAAUGAACUAUCAUCUUCUGGCAUCUACAAUAAGGCUUCGGUUUACUCCUAUGCUGUAAAAACUCUAAUAACUGUGUCGACAGUAAUGCUUUUGGGCCUUAUUGUGGCCUAUCAUUCACUGGAAGUGCAGUUAUUUAUGAUCGAUAAUUGUGUGGAUGACUGGAGGAUAGCGAUGACAUCCCAGAGGAUAGCACUGAUUGUAUUGGAAUUAGUUAUAUGUUCAAUGCAUCCGAUUCCCGGUCAGUACAGCUUCAUGUGGACUACAAAACUGGCCAAUCGGGGCGGUAUGUCUCGAUACAGUUACGCAGAGGUGCCCAUCGAUGUGGCCCUCUCUUUACCAAUGUUUUUGCGCCUAUACCUCAUCUGUCGAGUGAUGUUAUUACACAGCAAACUAUUUACGGACGCGUCCUCUCGAAGUAUCGGCGCUUUAAAUAGGAUUAAUUUCAACACUCGCUUCGUUCUCAAGACUUUGAUGACCAUAUGUCCGGGCACUUGCCUUAUGGUAUUUCUGGUCUCUCUAUGGAUAAUAGGGAGUUGGACUAUGAGGUUAUGCGAACGACAUCACGACGAAGAACACGCCAACCUAUUGAACACCAUGUGGUUGACUGCCAUCACAUUCUUGUCUAUUGGUUACGGAGAUAUCGUUCCCAAUACUUACUGCGGGCGCGGAAUAGCUGUCUGUUCGGGACUUAUCGGCGCCGGCUGUACGGCUCUUGUGGUGGCCGUAAUCGCUAGAAAGUUGGAGUUAUCACGAGCUGAAAAGCAUGUCCACAACUUUAUGAUGGAUACACAGCUCACCAAAAGGCUUAAGAAUGCGGCGGCGAAUGUAUUGAGAGAGACGUGGCUUAUCUAUAAGAAUACUAAACUCACUAAAAAAGUCAAUACAUCGCGAGUGCGGACACAUCAAAGAAAGUUUUUAUUAGCCAUAUAUAGCCUUAGAAAAGUGAAAAUGGAUCAAAGGAAGCUCAUGGACAACGCAAACACCAUCACUGAUAUGGCAAAAUUGCAAAACAAUGUCUAUGAGAUUGUGUCGGAUAUAAAUGCGAGACAAGAGAUAUUAGACGAGAAAAUGAUUUCAAUAGAGGACAGAAUAUCGUUGAUUUUCGAUCAAAUGGAAGCCCUGCCCGACAUAUUGACUAAAAUCAUACAACAAAACUAUAUACAUCAGGCCAUCAGGACUUCUUUGCCCACUUUAGUGGAGAACAUAAACGAGAAAAAUGACUUGAAAUCGGAUUCCAACUAUACUUAUGCCAACACAAACUCCAAUCCAACAGAACAAUCACAAAAGCACACAUUUCUGCACCCGAACGACGCGCAGGCGGGCCGUCCGAGUUGGUCCGUCUCUAACCUCACUUCACCGGCUUCUGGCGGACGACAAUUUCUAACGCCAACGGUUUUGCGGACCAGUUCUGUCGAUACAUGACUUUUCACGCGUUUUGUUUCGCUUACAAAUCAAUAUAUUUGUGAAAUUAAGUCAAACAAAAUCUAUAUUAC